UUUCUGUUCAGCGACAUGCCUUCCUACAAGUUGAUUUAUUACCCCAUCACUGCAUUGGCCGAGCCAAUUCGAUUCCUGUUCAACUAUGCUGGCAUUGAAUUCGAGGAUGAACGUUUCGACAGGAAAGAUUGGCCAAAACUUAAACCGACUAUGCCAUUCGGCAAAGUACCCGUACUUAUAGUAGACGGGAAGAAGAUCGAUCAGUCCGUAGCUAUUGGCCGUUACUUGGCGAAGCAAUGCGGUCUUGCUGGCAAGAACGAUUGGGAGUCUCUGGAAAUCGAUUCGACCAUCGACACCAUACACGAUUUACGCCUCAAUAUUGCUGGUUUCCACUAUGAAAGUAACGAACAGGCUAAAGAGACGAAACGUAAAAUUGCCAAAGAAACAACGGUGCCAUAUUAUUUGGAGCGUUUGGACGCUCAAGUGAAGAAGAACGGCGGUUACUUCGUCGGUGGUGCUCUGUCGUGGGCCGAUUUCACUUUUGUCGCUCUUUUGGAGUAUCUGAACUUCAUGAUGAAUGAGGACAUCGUCGAGAAGUAUAAGAACUUGAAACAACUUCAGAAGAAGGUCGAAGAAGUACCGGCCAUCAAGAAAUGGAUCGCGAAGCGUCCAGCAACUAUACUACCGGUUGCAAUAUUACUGCUGAGUAUAACUAUAAUACAACCGAAGGUCGCACAAAUAAUGUCAGUACAGAGACACACGUUAUUUACAGACCCAAGUCCCCCGAGUAACUGCCUACGCAGUUACGUUCCAACGAAACGCUCAGUCGUUCUCGAUUCGCGAACAGCUCCGCAUCGGUUGUCAGAACCACGAUUUUUACGACAGAUCAAUUCCAUAGACUGCAAGAACAUGCCGACGUACAAGUUAACGUAUUUCAAUGUUACCGGCCUUGGGGAGUCACUUAGAUUCCUGUUAAAUCAUUGCGGCAUCAAAUUCGAGGAUGUCAGAAUCAACUUCGACGAUUGGCCGAAGUACAAGCCAAACAUGCCCAUGGGACAAAUGCCGGUUCUGGAAAUCGAUGGAAAGCAAUAUAAUCAGUCCAGAGCCAUCGGACGCUUCCUUGCGAAGAAGGCGGAUUUGUAUGGAUCCGACGAUUUCGAGGCCAUGGAGAUCGAUGCUACUGUCGAUUCUAUAGACGAUAUAAGACAAGCUCUAUCCUCUUAUUAUUGGGAACAAGAUUCCGCCUUCAAAGAGAAACUCAAGAAGACCGCCUUUGAAAAGUUGCCUUUCUAUCUCGACAAAUUCGAGGCUCAAGUUAAAAAGAACGGUGGAUACUUCGUGGGCGGCAAGCUAUCCUGGCCAGAUUUCUUGUGGGCUGGAUACUGCGACUAUCUGGGUUUUGUCCUGGCUGGGGAUCCGAACAAAGAUCAUCCCGAAUUGAAGAAGUUAGUGGAGAAAGUUCGCGCUUUGCCCAAGGUUAAAGCUUACAUCGAGAAGCGACCCAAGACGCAAUUGUAAAUAAAACGAAAAUUUUGUACGCUCUUAAAUUCCUUUGAUUCGCUACGCGCCGGUGUCGUUCUUUAAUAACUUCUUCUUUAAUAACUAUUCCCUUUCGAAAUGUUUUAUAAGAAUAAUAGCGUGCUAAUUACGUUACUUCCGAAUAACUUCAGCCAGUUCUCCUGCACUUUAACAACUAAUAUUAUUAUGUAACGAAUAAUAAAAGGAAAUAAAAUCUGUUCCACUCGGUAAAAA